CAGGGGCGGACUGACCAUUCAAGCACUCGGGCACUGCCCGAGGGCCCGGGGUCAGUAGGGGGCCCCAUGAAAUGCCCCUGGUACCUUUUAUAGGCUUUUUUGGUGUGGGCAAGGACACAGGGGCCCCAUGAUCCCCUAUUGCCCGGGGGCCCCAUGAGUCCACACCUGCAUAGGACCAAUCCUUUCCAUUGCCAAGCACUACAGGCAAUCUUAAGGUGCAAAUGCGCCAAGUCUUGUCUAUGGCUGACAAAGUUGCACAUGUAUGUACAGAUUAUUUUCCGUCAGGACCGUGGAUAAGGGAGUACCAUCAGUCCUCCUAU